CUUUCCUCUCUAUCUAUAUAUUCCCUUUCUCCCUCAUUUCCCCUUCUUUCAAUCAACUAACCAAUUCCAUUACACUCUGAUCAUUUCUUUGCAGUUUGCGUUACGCAUCUAGAUGAAGCAACUGAUCCGCCGUCUCUCCCGCGUCGCCGAUAUCUCCUCCCAGCACAACCUCCUCCGCUCCGACGCCUCCUCCGCUUGCCAUCGCACCGCCACCACGUCUCGAACUGAAUCUUUCCGUUUCGCGGUGGUUAAGCAGCAGGCACCGAGGUCAGUCCCCCAGGGCUACGUCCCGGUUUACGUCGGGGAAGAGAUGGAGCGGUUCGUUGUCAACGCGGAGCUGCUGAACCACCCGGUUUUCGUCGGUUUGCUUAACAAGUCGGCUCAGGAGUACGGAUACGAGCAAAAGGGGGUGCUUCAUAUUCCGUGUCACGUGCUGGUUUUUGAACGGGUUAUGGAAGCAUUAAGAUUGGGGGUUGACUCACGUGACCUCCAGGAUCUCCUUCGAUCUUUCUCCGACGACUGUUUUUACGAUUUCUAGGCAGAGAAACAGGAGCGAAACGAAGUCAUUUUGUUUGUUUGUUUGUUUUUCCAUUGUAAAUAUAUGAUGUUAGAGGAAAACGGAAGAAAUUUAGGGCUUUUAAAGUGCGGUUCUUCAAAGGAAAGCAAAUUCCUUUUUUGCCCUAUAUUUUCUUGUG